AUGGAUCAAGUUCCACCAAAUCGUUCAUGGAUGUACGAUAGGUGUUAUAGAGGAAGAGGUGCGUUGAAAGAGUCAUUUGUUUUGGGUGUUGAAGAGUUUAUAAUUAAAGCUUGUGAACAAGACCGUUAUCAAAGAGAUGGGGGGCUUCGAUGUCCAUGUUCAAAGUGCGAUUGUACAAAGAUUUUGAACGAAAGAGUUGUGAAGGUUCACCUGUAUAAAAACGGUUUCAAGCCUAAUUAUUUCAUUUGGGAGGAUCACGGGGAAACCAUGCAAGAAGCUGAUUUAGAUAAUGAUGUCACUUUCAGGGGUGUGGAGACAGAAGGUGAACCAAAUGAACAAGUUAUCACGAUGGAAGACAUGGUCCAUGAUGCUCUCAUACAAAGACAACCCUUCCAAGCAUCAAAUUCUUCUAACAUAGAAGAGGCUCCAAAUGAAGAAACUCAAAGGUUUUAUAACCUUUUGUUGGAGGCAAAUACGCCUUUGUAUGAAGGAGCAUCAGACUCCAAAUUAUCAAUGUGUGUGAGGCUUUUAGCUUGCAAGUCGAAUUGGAAUAUUCCUAACCAAUGCAUAGAUUUUUUUGCAAAAAUGCUUUUGGAUGUAACACCACACAAAUGUGGUUUACCGAAAACUUACUACGAUGCAAAAAAGAUAGUGUCGAAGCUGGGAUUACAGUCGCAGAGGAUUGAUUGUUGUGUGGAUGGUUGCAUGCUAUUCUAUGAUAAUGAGUAUGGUAAGAUGGAUGGAGCGUUAGUUGAAUGCAAAUUUUGUGGGAAGCCAAGGUAUCAACAACACAAGACAGGAGCAAGUUCAAAAAAAAAAGUUCCCGUUAAAUCCAUGUUCUAUUUGCCAAUAAUUCCAAGACUUCAAAGAAUGUAUGCCUCAAAAGAAACUGCAACAGAAAUGACAUGGCACCAUCACAACAAGUCGUCAAAUGGUGUUUUGCGUCAUCCAUGUGAUGGAGAGGCGUGGAGGCACUUUGAUAGAGUACAUCGUGAUUUUUCCAUUGAGCCACGCAAUGUUCGACUUGGUUUAUGCUCCGAUGGUUUUAAUCCAUAUGUGCAGGCAUCAUCUAUACCAUAUUCGUGUUGGCCAGUAAUUGUCACGCCGUACAACCUGCCUCCAGAAAUGUGCAUGUCUAAACCCUACAUGUUUUUGACUUGUCUCAUUCCGGGACCAUUCAAUCCAAAAGUACGCAUUGAUGUAUACCUAGAGCCCUUGAUAGAUGACUUGAAAAAGUUGUGGAGUGGUGUCAUAACAUACGAUAUUUCAAGGCGACAAAACUUUAUCAUGAGGGCAAUGCUAAUGUGGACAAUUAAUGAUUUUCCUGCUUAUGGUAUGCUGUCUGGAUGGAGCACCCAUGGUAAAUUGGCUUGUCCACAUUGCAUGGAGCAUUCAAAGGCUUUUAGAUUAUAUAAUGGGCGAAAAAAUUCGUGGUUUGACUCCCAUCGGAGGUUUUUACCAAAUGACCAUGCCUUUAGGAGAAAUAAGAAUGCUUUCAAAAAGGGGGAAGUGGACAUGGAAGACGUGCCACCAUAUUUGACGGGAACAGAAGUUUGGAAUAGAGUUAAUGGUUAUCCUAAAGUAACUGAAAAUGGUGCACCAAGAAUAGAUGGAUACGGUGAGUGGCAUAAUUGGACGAAAAAAAACAUCUUUUGGGAUCUACCAUAUUGGAAGGAUAAUUUGUUAAGGCAUAAUCUUGAUUUCAUGCAUAUUGAGAAGAAUUUUUUUGACAACAUUUUUAAUACUGUGAUGAAUGUCAGUGGAAAGUCAAAAGACAAUGAAAAGGCCCGAAUGGAUUUAAGCUUGUAUUGUAAACGAAAAGACUUGGAGCUCAAAACUCAUACAAAUGGAAAGAUGUACAAGCCAAAAGCUAAUUAUACACUUUCAGUAGACCAAUCAAAACAGGUCUGUCAGUGGUUGAAAGAUCUUAGGAUGCCUGACGGAUAUUCUUCUAACUUGUCAAGGUGUGUUGAUGUGAAUAGGGGAAAGGUCAUUGGGAUGAAAAGUCAUGACUGCCAUGUGUUUAUGGAAUGCUUACUUCCUAUAGCGUUUAGUUCUUUACCGACUCAUGUUCUCAAUCCCAUUACAGAAGUUCAUAACGAUCCUUUAAGUGUCAGAAACCAACAUCUUAGAGAUUUAUCACUUGGUCCUUUAAGAUGUGUGAAGGAAUGGCAUACCUACUUUGUCAAUGGAUAUAAAUUUCAUACCCAUGCAUGGAGCCAGGGCAAGAAGACUAUAAAUAGUGGGGUUCAUGUUAAAGGCCUUACAGAAGGGGGUGAAGAUGAUUUCUAUGGUGUCAUUAAGCACAUAUAUGAGCUCGAGUAUAAUACCUCAACCAUUGAAAAGAAGGUUGUAUUAUUUUAUUGUGAUUGGUUUGAUCCAUCAAGAAUAGGGAUAAGAGUGGAUUCAAAGUAUGGCACUGUGGAUAUUCGAAUGGAUAAAAGAUAUAACUUGUUUGAUCCUUUUAUAAUUGCACAUAAUGUAGAACAAGUGUAUUAUGUACCAUAUCCUGCAUCGCGCACCGACAAACGGGGUUGGUGUGUUGCAAUAAAGACCAAACCUAGAGGUCGUAUAGACUCUAAUGAGGUAGAUGCCAUUGAGCCAUACCAAGCGGAGGAAAUGUCACAUGUUAAUGACAUCAUUCAAGUUGAAGAAGUUAUCCGAUUGCAAGAUAUAGAAGCCGGUCUUGAAGAAGUGGACCCCAACAAUGUACCAUCAGUUCAACGCUAUAUGGAUGAAGAAACAAGUGAAUCGGAAGAAGAAUGCAGUGAAGAGGGACAAAGUGAAGAUGAGGAUGAAGAUUCAUUUCACAGUUCUAGCAGUGAAUAG